AUGCUCGGCGAGCUCGUCGUCCACGGGCGACGCACCGCGCACGUGAUCUUGAACUCGGACCCGAAGCCUAACCUGUCGCACGGCGACGUCGUCGCGCUCCUCGGCCAGGACGACGACGUCCCGUACGCGGCGAACGCGUACGCCGACGACGCGGGCGGAGGCGGGGCGCGGUACCGAUUCGAACAGUGCCGCUCCCUCGCGCGCGACGACUUCGCGUCGUCGGUCGGGCUGCACGCGCCGACGACGCACCUGGAGAUCGUGCGCCGACCGGGCGGGGAGUUCUGGGGGUUCCGAAGCCGCGCGUCGGGAGGGAAGAUGCUCCAGGCGACGAGGAAAGCGCGCCGCAGGCUCGUGUUCGCGUCGUCGCAUUUCGGCACGUGGGAGGAGUGGAUCCUCCUCCCGGGCGUCUCCGAGGAUCUGUCCUCGCCGUGGACGACGCGCGACUUGGUGUUCAAGAACAGGCGCGUCGACGGCGUGCGGCUGCGCGUCACCGCGCUGCGCGUCGGUACCGCGAUCGACCCGGACCUGGGCGGGGUCUCUACCGCGACGUCGCUCGCGAACUCGCCGACGCGGACGAGUUCCGCGUUUGACGACUCGAUCGUCUCGACGACGAGAUCAGUCACCGGCCGCGGGGACGCGGGCCCCGAAGACCCGACGCUCUCGUUUCUGCGCGAGGAGGACGACACGCUGGACGACACGGACGACGGACGGCUGCCGUCCGCGCCCGGGAGCCCCGCGGAGUUCUUCUCUCCCACCGCGGAGCCGUCGUCGUCGUCCGACCCGUCGCCGUCGCGGGGCGCGCGGGUUCCCCGGGAUCGGCCGCCGCCGAACGCGUUCCGCCGCCCGCUCUUCGCGGAGGGGGGGAGCGGUCCUGGUUCCCGUCCCGGUUCCCGUCCCGGCUCGACCCGCGCGUCUCCGAGCGGCCGCGCGAUCGCGGACGCGUCGUUCGCGUCAUCGUCCGCGGGCGGCGACGGAAGCCGCGAGCACGCGUCCGCGCUGAGAGCCAUGGGCGGCGUCGUCGCGAAGGAGUUCGUCGCGGCGUUGACGAAGGAAGUCGCCGCGCGCGCGGCGAUCGAAAAGGAAGUGCUCCGACUGCAUUCGAGCUCGGAGGAACUACGGGAGUGGGCGCUCGCGGAGCUGGACCUGCUUCGGGCGUACUCGCGCGAGCAUGUGGAGGAGCUCGCGCGGACGAUCGAGGAUCAUCGCGUGAACGCGGCGCUCGCGGACGCGUCGCUCGCGAACGCGGAGGGCGCGAACGAAGAGCUCAAGGCGUCGACGCGUCGUCUGCUCACGGUGGUCGAACACAGGGCGAUCUACGCGUGCGGCGUGUUCGCGCGACGGCGCGAGCGCCACGUCACCGCGAGGUGCUUCGACGCGUGGUGGAGCGUUCACGCGGACGUCCAGAGGAAGAAUACGCUGCUCCGUAGAAUCGGCGCCAGGCUCGGGAACGUCGCGCUCGCGCGCGCGCUCGACGGCUGGAGAGGAGCCGCCGCGGAUCGGAUCGCGCUGCGGCGCCGGACGCGUCUGCACGUCAUGCGGUGGUCGCACGUCCUCGAGAGCUCCGCGUUUCGCGCGUGGGCGUCGACGUCGAGGUCGGAGAUCAUGCGCCGCCGCGCGAUCGCGGCGACGACGCGAAGGAACCGGAGGAGGACGACGGAGCCGGCGUUUCAUCGGUGGCGCCUGCGCGUUCAUUCGAUUCGCGCGACGCGCGAGAGGACGGCGGUCGACGACGCGACGAAGAUGGCGCGCAUGAACGCGCAGCGGCGCGGGUUCGAGUACAUCGCGACGAAGCGCCUGCGACGGAUGGCGUACGACGCGAUGUGGGCGUGGAGUGACCAAGCGUCGCGGCAGCGUCGGACGCGGCGGGUGCACACGCGAAACGCGAUGCGUUUCGACGCGCGAGCGACGCGUCGGUUCCUGAGCAAAGUCCUCACCGGGUGGCAGAACGUCGCGUCGCGGGAUCGGUUCGUCCGCCGCGUCGUCGAGCAGAGGCGCGCGCGCGUCGGGCGCGCGAUUUACCGCGGCGCGUUCGCGCGGUGGGCGAACUGGGCGAAUUUAAGCGCGUCGCGACGCAAGCUCGUGUCGUUGAUUUUCGCGCGAAACGUCAUCCGCGCGAUCGACCUCGCGUGGCGCGCGUGGAAGAAGACGUGCGACGACGAGCGCGCGCGGCGGCAGAGGAUAAUGACGCACGCGGCCGGGCGGCUCGUGCGCGGGCCCGCGACGACGUGCUUCGUGUCGUGGCGCGUCAGGGUGAUGGAGAAGCAGCAGAAACGCGCGCUGGCGUCCAAGGUGGUCAAACGCUGGUCGCGGCGGCUCGCGUUCAGCGCGUUUCGGUCCUGGUUUCUGUGCGCUCGACGCGCGCGCAGAGACCGGCGCGUCGUCGCGCGGUUCCGCGCGAGGGCGACGAGCAGAGACUUGGCGUACGCGUUCGACGGGUUUCGCGCGGGCGCGACGCGGCGGAAGCGGCUGCGAGCGUUGUCCGUCAACGCCGCGGCGCGGAUGCGCCACGAAUGUUUAUCGCGCGCGUUUUACGGCUGGGAGGCGAGCGCGUCCGAGGCGGCGCGCGCGAGACGGCGCGCGAGACGCGCGACCGAGUUCGCCGCGCGAAAGACGCGCGAGAGGACGGCGGCGGCGUGGGCGGAGGCGGCGCGCGAGACGAAGCGCGAGCGCGCGCUGGCGACGCGCGCGGCGUCCAAAGCGUACCGCUGGACCCGAUGGCGCGCGUUUAACGCCUGGGAGACGCGCGUUACGGACGAGAGGCGGAAGCGCGAGUUUCUCCGCAAACACGCGACGCGCGUCACGAAGCGGCACCUCGCCGCGGGGUUCGCGACGUGGGGGGAGAAGACGAGGGAGAACAAGAAGAAACGGUCGUUGAUGCGUCGAUACGUCGAGAAAAUGUCCCAACGCGAGCUUCGCCGCGCGAUGAACGGAUGGCUCACGCACCACGACGCGGCGGUGUCCGCGAAAAACCUGGAACGGAGAGCCGCCCUGCGCAUGCGGCGGCGGCGCGCGUCGAGGGCGUUCAACUCCUGGGUUUUCAUCGCGGAGCGCUCGAGAGACGCGAGGCGUUUCGCGCGCCGCGCCGUCUCGAAGCUCCGCGCUCGCGUCACGGCGGACGCGUUCGAUCGCUGGCUUCUCCACGUCGACGCCGCGGCGCGCCGCGCGGCGCAGAUGGAUCGCGUCGUCGCGCGGUGGACGCACCUCCGGCACGCGCGCGUCGUCGCCGGCUGGCGCGUCGCCGCCGCGACGCGUCGCCGUCACCGGACGAUCGCGUCGCGCGUGAUCGCGCGGAUGUCCCGAGCGACGCUCGCGCGAGCGUUCGCGUCCUGGCGCGACGACGCCGCGCGGUUCAGAAAGUUCAAGUCUCUGUGCUUCAAGGUGGCGAACGCGCGCCUCGCGUCGGCGUUCAACGCGUGGCGGGCGGACGCCGACGCGGCGAGGGCGACGCGGCGCGCGACGCGUAAGGCUGACGCGAUGCGGGCGCGCGGGGAACGACGCGUGGUCGCGACCGCGCUGUUCGCGUGGCGCGCGGAGCACGAGAAGCUCGCGCACGCGAAGCGGAUCAUUCGCAACCACGUGGCGAGGAUCACGGCGAACGUCGCGCGCGAGUGCGUCAAGACGUGGAUCGACGUCGUGGAGAAGAAGAAGGCGGAGGUUGCGAAUUUGAAAAAGUGUCUCACGCGGAAGCGCGUGGCGCAGAAAUGGUUUCUGCGCUGGUACUGGGACGCGUUCGAUAACGACAUCCAGGACGCGCUGGCGAACAUCUUAGGGACGACGGAGAGCACGAUGAACGACGUGUACUCGUCGCCGGCUGGCCCUGGAGGCGCGCCGAGCGCUAUCCGAGGGAUGAUGGCCAUCGGCGCGCGCGGCGGGUUUUCCGACAGCGACGACGACGACGACGACGGCGACCCCGGCGGCGGCGGCGGCUCCGAUUCGUCGGACGACUCCGACGAUUAUUCAGACCGCGGCGAGUCCUCCGGCGGCGUGAACCGCCACCGCCUCGGCGACGUCGACGACGCGGACGACAUCGCCGAGGCUGCGGACGCGCUGUUCGCGUCGCGGGCGCACGGCGUGACCUUUGACCCGAAAAACGCGGGGGACGUUCGCAAGGCGCGGCGGAUGAUGCGGCAGGCGGCGGCGAAGAGCGCGUCCGUGACGAAGGAGAAGCCGGGAGACGCCGCGGCCGGGGCUGGGAAGAAGAAGAAGAAGGAGAGGACGCCGCCGACGCGGCCGACGCGCGAGCCCGCGGCGGUGACGAAGCCGCGCGUGGACGCGGAGUCGAGCUCGAGCGCCGCCGCCGCCGUCGACGCGGAGGCGGACGCGUGGCUCGACUCGCCGAACGACGACGACGUCGACGCGAGCGGCGGCGCGGUGAAGGACGCGAGGAACGCGCCCGCGGCUUCGGACGAGGUCGAGCCGUUUAACGCUCGCAUCGAGCGCGUUUUAGAGGAGGAGAAGAACGUGAGGAAGGCUGGUGGUGAUUUUUUUGGUUUCCUGUGA